GUGCAUCCACCUCUCGGUGAGUGCAUAGCUGCUAACGAGAACGAUGCAACUGUGUCACUAGGCCGUGUGGCACGUGAUCCUGUCCUUGCACGGUGCUGCUCCUCCUCGCAUCCGUGUCGAACGAUCCUAACCGGGGACAAGAUCGCUGGAUUUCCAAUGGGACGGGUACAGUGCGUGAUAUACACCUAGUGACGAAAUUGUUCUCGUGCACAAGGCCUCACCGACCCUCUACGUAGCUACCUACGCCUACGUAACUUAGGUACGUAGCAACGACUCGAUGUCCAAACAGGUGAAAGAUAGACCGCCGGGAUACUAAGGCGAAUUGAUUCGUGGGAUGACAGGCUCAGCCUGAGUGUGUUUCGCGUAACACCAAAAGACCGGCUGAUGUCGCUGAGUGGACGGAACAGCACGAGCUAUUCUCAGACGUUUUCACUGCGAACAUGCAUAAACGUCGGUCCGUCGAUGGCAACACACAGGAACAGGCUUUACCAAUUCCGGUUCAGCUGUUCCUCUGGCGACAGUUGAGGCCAUUCAUUCGUGCGAAACUUGGCAAGCUUCACGAAGCAACCUGCACGUUCUGUCAACACGCGCCAGGCCAUCAUGAGACCAAGGAAGCUUGUACGUCUCUGGAGAAGGUGUUAGUUCAGAAUCUUCACAAUGAUUUAACACCCUCUUUGAGCCUGAUAUUGGGCACCGUGCCACGAUGGCGUUUGAUCCAAACCGCUAACGUCCUUCAUGCCACAGCCAAUCUCCUGCACAAUAGGAAGGAUUUUCAAACUCUCGGAGCUAUGGAGACGACUCUUCUCUACAUCCUUCACUGGAUCCUCCUGGACGCUGCUGAAGAAUGCGCAGAGACAGAUGCUGACCCUGGAAAUCCGUUUUAUUACCUAUUUUCUAUACCCACCAUGAGUUUGUUUGUUUAUCUUUUUGCACCGCUGUGCAAUCAUCUGAAGGAUAUAGAUUUUAAGGCUAAUUUACGGUUGGAGAACGGCCUGAAGAUAUGGUCGGCUAUGUACGAAUGUCGUCAUCCGGAUACACCUUGUUUCACCACGCCAUGUCGAAUUAAACCGCAAGCUUUAUGGAGCCGAUCCUUUAAGACUUACAAACAGCAUCAGAUGUCUGACGACGUGUUUAUUGGUGGAAACGUGGAAAGUCCACCAAGUCAAUCUGUCAGUGCAUUCUCUGACCAAAGUGGAGACAAAUCGUUGCCAGCGAAGCAGUUAGAAGAUGAUAACAUAUGGGUGUCAUCGCCAAAAGAUACCGUGUUCCCAGAAACCAUCCCUGAGGAGAGCUCUGGCGCCGAGGACGAACACGUAGUGAUCUUCAGGUUACCGUCCCUCAGCGAGUCGGAAAAAGCACUUGACGGGGUAAGAGAAAUUAGAAUUCCUUUAUUUCGAUGGUAA